AUGGCCGAACUCAACACGCUAUUUCUCACCUUCAACUGUGGACGCGAGCUGGUAAAUGCCGACUUCUUCGCCGCCAGUAUCAACCAAGGCCUCUCCCACGCUCAGCUUCCUCCCGAUGUCAUAGCCCUCUCACUGCAGGAGAUCGCUCCUCUAGGCCAGUCCUUCCUGGGAGGCUCUUUUAUCUCGCCCUACUUCGAGCGCUUCUCUCAGACCAUUCAGAAACUCAACCAGCUUUGGAAACAUGACGAGCAGUACGAGACGAUUCUCUGCAGCAAUGUCGGCAUGACAGCCCUGAUGCUAUUUGCACGCCCACAAGUCGCCCGCAACAUUCGAAGCGUUCAAACCGCUGGAACAGGGGUCGGAGCCUGGGAGAUGGGCAACAAAGGCGCUGUGGGUGCACGUCUGGCUUAUGCAGUCGACGACGGCGCUGAGAUGGACCUCACCUUCGUCGCAGCCCACCUGGCUCCCCAUGAAGACGCCUGGCAGCGUAGAAAUCUGGACUGGCGCUCUAUCAACGAGAACCUGGUCUUCACCAAAGUCACGAGUGCUGAGAAGACGCGAACACGCGCGACCAACAAUGAAGACAUUCAAGAAGAAACAGAACCCUUGCUUUCUUCGGCUACCGACGACCAGCACACGUCGCAAGAACAGGACAACGCUCUUAUAACCCCGAGCUCCUAUGUCUUCUUUGGCGGCGACCUCAACUAUCGCACCUCGGACAUUUCACCGCAUCCUGACAACCAUAAAGCCUUCCCACGCUGCAACGACUCGCCUGAAGAUGCUACCCACUACUCGCAUACCAUGUCCAACGACCAGCUGACACGCGAGAAGGCUGCUGGAAACACGUUGCACCAUCUUCAAGAGGAGGCUAUCAAGUUUGCGCCUACAUACAAAUUCUCAAAGAAAGCACAGAAGCAAGCCGCCGAGGCCGUUGAACAAGUGCAAAAGCAGAUACGCUCGGGCGCAAAUGCAGUCGUGGUGCCCGACGAGACAGAAUGGCACUGGGCAGAGCAUCGCCAUCCCAGUUGGUGUGAUCGUGUUUUGUACCUGGCACUGCCUGGCCACCAGCCCACUAUCCACACAUACGACUCCUUGUCGCUACAACCAUCCUCAGAUCACAAGCCUGUCAUCUUGUAUGCUUCAAUACCCACUAAUGCAUCGAAGUCGUUGAAUCAGGAUAUCAAAGCACCAUACGCUGUCAAGGCGGGAUGGAGGCAAAGGCGCGAGGCUGCCAGACGCAGAGAGCUGGCUGUCGGAAUUGUGACGUAUCUCACCUGCACCUGGGAGGGCGAGGCCUUGUUGCUCGGUGCAGUCUUGGCCAUUGUUGGCGGUUACGCUGCGCUCAGUUCGCUGCUAUAG